AUGGGUCAACUUGCAAGUGAUGUGGCAUUAUUAAAGAAAGCAAAAGGUCAAUCACCAAAUGACACGGUGAUAAAUCCCAAGAACACAAAAAGCAUUAAUAUCAAUGUGGUAAGCACCGUUCCUAAUAAUGAAAUUAAUGAAACAUUUUUUACUUCUUCUUGUCAAGUGAGUGCAGGUAUAGGAAGGGAUGCCGAGGUUGAAAUGGACAAGGAGCAUGGAGCACCACUUGUGCCGAUCCGAGUGGGAAAAUUAAAAAUUCCCCAUGCAUUAUUGGAUUAUGGGGCGAGUAUGAGUGUGCUACCAGGUGACUUAUAUGAUAUGUAUGAUUUUGGUCCGCUUCAGGAUGCAGACACCAUGGUGAGUUUGGCGGAUGAAAGUUGGAGGCGUCCACGGGGAAUGGCUAAGAAUGUUAUGAUUCGGUUGGGAGAAUUCGAAUACCCGGUGGAUUUUCUGGUUUUAGAUUAUGCUACUACCAUGAUGGCGUCACAACAAAGGGUGAUUUUGGGUCGACCGUUUCUCUAUACGGCAAAUGCUCAAAUCGAUUGUAGAUAA